UUGGUUGAUUUAUGUCUCAUGGUGUAGACAUAAGGGACUGCAUGCUGCUUGCGCAGUUUCCAGUUGGCCUGCAAGUGAUUGAAGAGAAUGCGUCGUUCUGUGAGAGCUAAUCCGUGGCUCUCGCUCUCUAGACACUUCAGCUACGUCGCCCAUCGUCUGCGACUGGAUGCCGCGCUGCUCAGUCGUCUUGUGGAAGUGGAAAUGAUGAGCAGAGACGAAUACGACGAGUUGACGAAUGAAUGUUUUUUAAAGAGAAAGAGAAUGAAUCUUCUAUUGAAAGAUAUCCUUCCUAGACAAGAUCCUACACUAUUCGACACGUUCUGCAAGAUAGUGAGUGAACAGGGUCAAGGAUUUAUUGUUGAGAAGCUCAAGGAAGGUCGAGAUGAAAUCGUCAAGUCUGCAGCAUAUGAAAAGGAAACGAAAGAGUCAGACACAACAGAAACCGUUAGUUGCAUGAUUGCUCCCACAGCGAAGGAAAGUCCCGAAGAUGGUGCAAUGUCAACAUCACGUGACUUUGCAGCUGCUAUGGAAACGUCAGGGAGAGGCAAGGACACACCGACGGUUUUUACAGAACGUAUGAGAACUAGUACGUCAUCUGCGCAUGCGUUUGUUCUCGGACUGGAAUCUGCGCAGGCGCACUCGUCCCGCCUUGACGAAAAGGAGUCGUGGCCUGCCAUUCGAAAAAACUACCUCUUCCUAUUAGAACGACUUUACCUCAGCGCACAAUUUCUUGGCUGUUUGUAUCAGGAAAGUUUUAUCAACAAAGAUGACUUGGACGCUUUCCACAACAUCUCUCUUCCUCGUGAUCAAAAGUUUCGUCUCCUUCUUGUUGAAAUUCUUCCCAGUAAACCACCUACCAUGUUUACCACUUUCUGCAACAUUCUUCGCCACCUAGGCCAACCACAUGUCGCUGAAAGGCUGGAAAGGUAUGACACGGACAGACUGGAUUGUGUACAAGGAAGUAGUAGAUCACAAGAGGAAGAGGAGAAAUUGACAUCUCAAGUGGCUCGACUGGAAAGAGAGAAAACAGAAGCUGCAAACGCACGUGCUGAUGCUGCAGAGGCUCGAGCCAGCGCAGAAACAGUUCGCGCUGAUGCUGCAGAGGCUCGAGCUGAUGCUGCAGAGAGCAAAGCGAAGAAAGAAGUGGCAGAAAAGAUGGAAGAAAAAUGGACAAUUUUGGCUCUUCGAUGCGACAAAGCACAACACGCAGAAGGGGUUGAUAUCAAUGACAGUCUGCCAUCAUGGACACAGUGGAAUUCACACAUACCUCAUGUCAGUUUGCCAUAUAAUAGAAUGGGAGAGAUUGAAGGCAGACUAGUGAUAGGACUUGAUGAUGGUAAUCUGCAUGUUCUCACUUAUGAACAUGAUAAGUGGGACAAGUUUGUCAGAAGGAAUGGUUACAUCAGGAAUGUAGUGUGUCAUCAAGGUGUGUGUCUGCUGUGUGUGAAGGAUGGAGAUAAACAUCAGUUUGUGAUUGAACAAUUUUCUUUGAAUGAAGUCAAGAAAUGGCGAUUUCUCACAGUUCUACCAAACGAACUGCAGUUGAAUAGUCUAUCUGUUGCUCUUCAUGACAACUCACUGUAUGUGGUGGGUGGUGAGACUGAGUCAGGGGUGACAGUGAACACAGCAGGUGUGUGUGACCUUCACAGCGGUCAUUGGUCUAAGAUGGAUGACAUGCAAACAAGACGUUACGCCUGUUCUUCUGUUAUUAUAAACAACACAGUGUUUGUAGGGGGAGGAGUGACUGAUGGAUAUUACUUUAAAAAUAUUGUUGAGUGUGCAGAUGUUCGUGAUGGAAAAUGGAGAACAAUCCCCUCUCCAACCACAUAUAGACCUACACUAACGUCAGUCAGUAACAGACUGGUUGUGACUGGAGGAUUGACACAACAGAGGUUAUACUCUCGUUAUUCUAAUAUUGUAGAAUUAUAUGACGAGAGAUCUACCAAAUGGCUUCCUCUUCCACAAAUGACACACGAACGGUGGGCACAUGCUGCAUUCUCAACUCAGAAUGGAGAACUCAUCACAGCAGGAGGGAAGGAUGAAACAUUGAAUACCAUCAUGUCAAUAGAAAGUCUGAAAUGUUCAUAACAUUUUGUGUUAACAAAUUCCUCUUUUUUUAGUUUAUGUGUACUUUACAUUUUGUUAUGUUUAUCCAACUGUAUGUUUAUGUUAAGAUACU